CGUACAGUUAUUUCAUUAGCUUGCUAAGCGUUAGUUCGAUUUCGAUAGUGGUGACGCUAUGUUUGCUAAAAAGUUAACGAAACACGAGCGAGAGGCUUUGAGGGCGCAACGACGCGAGACGCAGUUGAUAACAGCGCGGGCGAGAGCGGAUAAAAGCUUUAUUUAUGUGGUGAAUCCGCCAGAAAUUCCACGUGUUGCCUUCGGAUCUUGCAUGGAGCGUAUUACGUUGCCUAUAUCGGGACCAGGUCUCUCAUCAUUCAUGCGCAAAAUCCAAGGUGAAGUGCGUGAUUUUCCCGGUCCAUUCGAGUAUGUGCACAGCAAGGAGGCUUUAGAUAAGAAAUAUCCAUCUGCGUAUGGUUAUUCAUCGUUUGCUAGUAAAUUGCCACGCCUACCGCCCACUGAUAUAUCACGCUUUCCCCCAAUUGGCGCUUACAAUGUCGAACCGAAGAAGAAAAUCAAACAAGCCGCACGCCCAUUCAAUAUUGGCACGAAACGUGUACAAAUAAAGAAACUCGUAACACCAUGUCCAGCUGAUUAUGCGGCCGAUCAACCUCGAGCCAGUCUCAACAUAUGCUCCGCUUUCGGUUCGCGACGUAUCAUUUGGCCAGCUGUUGCCGUUAUUUGCACACCCGUGAAUAUUGCAAAAUGUUCCAAGUGCAAUAAAACUCCGGUCGGCGAUUAUUUCCAUCAAUUUCAAUUGAAUUUGGAUAUGUGUCGUCGCUGCAUGAAUAAACAGUUGAAAAUGUUGAAGCGCUGCUCCACCGAUCUCUUCUAUCGUGCACGCAUGCGCACCGAAUUGAGUCUAUAUCGACCGGUGAGAUACUGCGACUUCUUCCACGAUCAUCAGGGUACGACGGCGGCCAUUCAACAUAUGCCCACAUCAACGUUGCGCUAUAAAAUCAAAACGGAAAAUUAUAUUUACAUGUUUAAGAAGCGCUGAUGCGUGGCGUCAUGAAAUGCAACUCUGUGCUACAUAUUUACAUACAGAGAUAGAUCGUAAUCUUUUAUAAAGAAUUUAGAAAAGCUCUGUGUAGCAAUAAAAGCAUUUUUGUGCUUUAUAAAUGCAAUUAAUAAAUAUUUUUCUACUAAAACUAAAA